AUACCAGGCAGAAGAUGGAACUUUCUGCUCUUGUAGACUCAGAGGCAACCACUAAUUUCAUAGAUAUAGAAAUAGUACAGACACUAAAGUUGCCUAUUCAAGCUCUAGAAAGCCUAAUUAUAGUUGAGACGAUUGACAGGCAGCCACUAAAAUCAGGGCCGACUUUGCAGUGCACGGCUCCUUUGCAGCCGACAAUCAAAGAUCACACAGAAUUAAUAACGCUCUAUGUAACUGACUCCUUGCAAGUACCCAUCAUCUUGGGAAUAGAGUGGCUUCAGCUGCACGAUCCAGAUAGUAUGAUAUCUUCCAUUGUGAACAGCACUUACUAUGCAAAUGUCUCAGCAGCAAAAUGUCAGGAAUUUGGGAGGUGGUAUAAACAUUUCAAGAAGGCAAAAGAUAUGAUGGCUGAAAUGGACAGCCUUUCUGAACUAUCACAACAAGGUGCCAACCAUGUCAACUUUGGUCACCAACCAGUCCCAGGGAACACCGCUGAACAGCCACCAUCCCCCGUUCAGCUUUCUCAUAGUAGUCAACCAUCUGUUCGGACCCCACUUCCAAACCUGCACCCUGGACUUACUCCCAUUAGUCCUCAGUUGGUAAACCAACAAUUGGUAAUGGCCCAGUUGCUAAACCAGCAGUAUGCAGUGAACAGACUUCUAGCCCAACAGUCCUUAAACCAACAGUACUUGAACCAUCCUCCUCCUGUCAGCAGAUCCAUCAACAAGCCGUUGGAACAGCAGGUCUCAACUAAUACAGAAGUGUCUUCCGAAAUCUACCAGUGGGUGCGUGAUGAAUUGAAACGAGCAGGAAUCUCGCAGGCAGUUUUUGCACGUGUGGCAUUUAACAGAACUCAGGGCUUGCUCUCAGAAAUCCUGCGAAAGGAAGAAGACCCCAAGACUGCUUCACAAUCUUUACUAGUAAACCUUCGGGCAAUGCAGAAUUUCUUGCAGCUGCCAGAAGCAGAAAGAGAUCGAAUAUACCAGGAUGAAAGAGAAAGAAGCUUGAAUGCAGCUUCUGCUAUGGGCCCCACACCUCUUAUAAGCACACCACCCAGCCGACCUUCACAAGUAAAAACAACUGCUAUUUCAACAGAAAGAAACGGAAAACCUGAAAAUAAUACCAUGAACAUUAAUGCUUCCAUUUAUGAUGAGAUCCAACAGGAAAUGAAGAGAGCUAAAGUAUCUCAAGCAUUAUUUGCAAAGGUUGCAGCGACUAAAAGCCAGGGCUGGCUUUGUGAACUCUUGCGUUGGAAAGAAGAUCCCUCACCUGAGAAUAGAACUCUCUGGGAGAAUUUGUCAAUGAUCCGGAGGUUCCUCAGUCUUCCUCAGCCUGAACGAGAUGCCAUUUACGAACAAGAAAGCAAUGCAGUUCAUCACCAUGGCGACCGGCCUUCUCACAUUAUCCAUGUUCCAGCAGAGCAGAUUCAGAGCCCCUCUCCCACCACCCUUGGGAAAGGAGAGCAUAGAGGCGCUUUCUUACCUGGCCUGCUGACUACUGGACCUUGGCUGGGUGCUGCUCCCCAGCAGCAGCAGCAGCCCCAGCAGCAGCAGCCCCAGCAGCAGCCCCAGCAGCAGCAGCAGCCCCCUCCGCCUGGUCCCAGAUUACCCCCAAGGCAGCCAACAGUAGCAUCACCAGCUGAAUCUGAGGAUGAAAAUCGUCAGAAGAGUCGUCCACGAACAAAAAUUUCUGUGGAAGCUCUGGGCAUUCUUCAGAGUUUUAUUCAAGACGUAGGCCUGUAUCCAGAUGAAGAAGCAAUCCAGACUCUGUCAGCUCAGCUUGAUCUACCGAAAUACACCAUCAUCAAGUUCUUUCAGAACCAGCGAUACUAUGUCAAACACCAUGGAAAGCUGAAAGAUAACUCAGGCUUGGAAGUAGAUGUGGCAGAAUAUAAGGAAGACGAAUUACUUAAGGAUUUGGAAGAGGGUGUCCAAGACAAAAGUACGAACACACUUUUUUCAGUUAAAUUAGAAGAUGAGUUAUCGGUAGAAGGGAACACUGACAUUAAUACUGUAUUGAAAGACUGAUAAAAAUAGUAUUUAUUCAACAGCAUCACCGCUUACUAAUAAAAAGAAAAAUCCAUCCUGUAUACUGUCAGCAACCUCUUUAUUCAUUGUUUGGCCAAUGAAUCUUCCAAAACUUGCACAAAAGUUGAAAAAAUUAAAGGAUAAUACAGACUGCACUAGAUAUUUUACAAACUGCUUCAGAGAUAGAAAUGAAGCAUUGAAGAUUGUUUCAUAUUAAUUUGUGUUCACUGGGUACAUCAACAUGUAUCCAAUAAGCAUGAUAUCUGUGGGUUGUUUUUCUUAUUGUUGUUAUUAUUAUUAUUAUUAUAGAGCUUUCAGACAAGCAUUAAUUUGUGACUUACUGUUUUUAUUUUUUUCCCAGUUAUUGUUAACACUCCACACUUGAUCUAUGAAAGCUUAACAUUUAUUUAAGUAAAAGAAAAAAGAAGAGUUAGUUACUCUUGCUCUAUUGUAUGUUACAAAAGAACUAUAGACUGUGGGAUGCAGUUUAAAGUUCACAUAUGCCAACAAAUGCCUUGUAUUAUAUGGCACUGCCGUAACUCAGAUUUUUUUUCAGAAGUAAGAAGUCACUGUAUCUUUUUCAUUUUCAUUUGUUAUAUGAUUUUUUUGAAAAC